AUGGACCCGGGUACAUUCGCUCAGGAUUUCUUCUGCCGGUUAUGUGCAGCGGAAGGCAUUGUAAUACACCCGCUAUUCCCCCCGGGUGACAAUGACCCGAAGGAUGAGCUAGUGCGUAUGAUAGCGGUGCUAACAUCGGUGCAUCUCGCACAAGCGGAUGACGCUGGGGCGGUCAUUUGUGACAAAUGUUUGCAAAUGUUGGACUUGUUUUGUAAGUUUCGUGAGGAGUGCCUGCGGCAGGAUGUGCUUAUACGGACGAGAAGGACCGUACUCGCCGAACAGCUGGAAAGGCAGCGACAGCAGUUGUUACUUCAGCAGCAGCAGAGUUCUCAUCGGACGGUAGAGGUGAAGCUGGAGAAUGAUGAUGAUAGAGUAACGGAAGCCGCGCUACCGAUCAUAGCCGAAGUACCGGAGGAGAUUAUCUGCACACCAACGCCACAUUUCACCGAUAUAGAAUGUAAGGAGGAAUGUGAAGAAGCGGAUAACAUGCAACAGAUACUGGUGACGCUGGAUUCGGUACCGGUUGCAAGUCCACCGGUAUUGCACCAAUACGGCAUUACCCAUGACUGCAUAAUUAGUUCUAGUAUUAGCGAAGGUUCUCAUGCACUUCCCGGAUCGACGCUGAUCACACCGACCAAACAUCUCGGUAUCUCGGUUCUGGGCAACCAAAUAUCACCGAGCGGCACGUGUACGACCGCUGGCGAGACGACGAUUUGUGCAACGGGUAAUACCUCGCCAAUCCCUUCACGGCGUAGCAAGGGAAAGAUAAAACCAAACUUCAAAAAACCACCGCCUGGAUGUGAACAGUGUCGGCAAAGCUUCGCUACCUACUACGAGUACGAUCAGCAUAUGAACCAACAGCACGCAUGGGACAAAGCCAACCGUUGCUCGUUGGCCUGUGAUCCGUGCCAGAUGAGGUUCACCAAAUCGUACAACUUAAAACGCCACAUGUACGAGGUGCACGGGGAGAUACCGCAGGGACUCACGGUAAUACCGUGCGAGCAUUGCGGUGAGCGUUUCCUGCGCGGUAACAUUCUCGAACGACACAUCGCGAAGGUGCAUCGGAGCAAGAACAAGCUGAAAGUCUGUGCCAUUAAAUCGACCUAG